UUUAUUUUGACAUUUCUCUUCUCAACUAUCGCAUGUGAUUUUUUGUCUUCUUUUUGUAAGAAAAUUAUACAGAAAAGUCGUGUGUUGCGCAAAAAAAUUUAUAGAAAUAUUAUUAAAAAAUUUAGUGAAAAUUCGUGUAAAAUCGAAAAGCAACCACAAAUUUUAAUUUGUUUUAAUAAUUUAUUAAGAAAAACUAAAGUGUUUUCGUACGUAACGCGUUGGAAAACGAAAGUGUAACAUAAAAAUGGAUACCGUAAAGAUUGAAGAUUUGGUAGACUCCGAUCCCGAUAUCGAGUUUAUCGAAAAAGAUAGCGGCAUGUCUUCACUGGGCGGUAGCAAAGAUGAAACACCUGAAAGAAAGACCACCACAACUGUAGCCACUACCAAUGACAAAGAUAAUAAAAAUGAAGAAAAUUACGAUGAUGAACCCGAUGAGACCUUGGGUGAACGUCUUAUUGGUUUAACAGAAAUGUUCCCACAGCCAGUACGUGAUUUUACCAGUUUAUUGGUAGAUGGAACCAUUAGCAGUGUUAAGGGUCUCUAUAAAUUCACUUGCAAUGCAUCAUGGAUUUUCUUUACCAGUUCGGUGAUUUUAUUUGCACCCGUUGUCUUCGAAACAGAACGUGCCCAGAUGGAGGAAAUGCAAAAAACACAACAGAAACAGGUGUUAUUAGGACCUGGUUCUGCCAUGUCAGCUGUUGGUGCUCCACCAGAAUUGCCAUUAAUACGAUAAGCUUAUUCUGUAAACAAAACAUUAAAAAACUCUAUAUUAUAGAAACAAAAAUAAAACAAAGAAAUUUAUUAAUUAAUAAAAAUAAAAAAAAACAAAAAACCUUAUUAAUAGCUGAUUUAUAAAAAAUACUAAAAUAACAAAAACAAAGAACAACCAAAUAAAUAAAACAACAUUUUUUUUACCAUAAAAUCUUAAAAAUGUUAACUUGUGCUCUUAAGGUUUACUAAAAAAGGACUCUUUAAGAAAAUAGGAUUUUCUUAAAUUGUCUCUAACUUGGGUACCCAAAGUUUGGCUAUAUAUGUUCAGCUAAAUAAAAAUAUUUAAAAAAAUUAAAUUACGACAUUAAAAAUCCAUCAAAAUAAGCUCUAAAAAUAAUUAAAUACAUAAAACAGAUUGUUAAAUACUUUAAAAAUAAUGACAAAAAUCACUGAAAAAAAUCCUCCAACUAAACGAAAAAUACGAAAUAAUAAUUUUAAUAAAACGUAGUAGGCAUGUAAUUGUAAAACAUUACAAUACAAUUUUAGUGUUUUAGAAAAAGUUACAUUACAAAUUGUUAGAAUUUGCAUUUCAAAAUUUUUUUGAGUUUUUAAACUUUAAUUUUUAACAAACUUGUGUGCAUUGUUAUUAACGAACAAAUUUAAAACGAUUGCCUAGUAAUAUGAUUAUGGCAAAGGUCGACAAAAAAAAAAAAA